GGCCGUGCCCGGGCUGUCUGUCCGCACACCCCUGCUCUUGCUGCUCGCUCUCUGGCUGCCAAGCUCGGCUGCUGCGUUUUGAGCCCAGGUUAAAGGGAAGAGGAGUUGAAAAUACCCUCCUGGCUGUGCUCUGGGCCUCCCCUCCAUCUCCAGCAUGGCAGGAGGCAUCACUGACACUGGAGAGCUUUACUCUCCCUAUGUUGGUCUGGUUUACAUGUUCAACCUCAUCGUCGGGACGGGAGCCCUCACAAUGCCGAAGGCCUUUGCGACAGCGGGGUGGCUCGUCAGCCUCAUCCUGCUCAUGUUCCUGGGAUUUAUGAGCUAUAUGACUACGACCUUUGUGGUGGAAGCCAUGGCUGCUGCAAAUGCCCAGCUGAGAUGGAAGAGAAUGGAAAAACGCAAGGAGGAUGAUGAGGAUGAAGAUUCUUCCUCUGGAGUAUCUGACAGUGAUGUUCUCCUCCCAGAUGGCUACGAGCGAGCAGAGACACGGCCUAUCCUGUCAGUUCAGAGACGUGGCUCACCCAAUAUCUUUGAAAUCACUGAGAGGGUGGAAAUGGGCCAAAUGGCUUCCAUGUUCUUCAAUAAAGUGGGUGUCAAUCUCUUCUAUUUCUGCAUAAUUAUCUACCUCUAUGGAGAUCUGGCAAUCUACGCAGCAGCAGUACCAGUCUCUCUCAUGCAGGUGACCUGCAGUGUCACUGGCAACCAUUCUUGCAGUGUUGGAGAUGGCACAAAGUACAACGACACGGACAAGUGCUGGGGGCCAAUUCGGCGGAUUGAUGCUUACAGGCUGUACCUGGCAGCAUUCACUCUCCUCCUGGGUCCUUUCACCUUCUUCAAUGUGCAGAAGACCAAGUAUCUUCAAAUCAUGACGUCCCUCAUGAGAUGGAUAGGUGAGUCUUGGCAGCAUCCCGGCCACCCCUUUACCACUGAUGGAACCCGAGUCACGUCACUGACGCUCCUCUUUGGCAAGAUGUUCCUCUUUGGAAGCAAAUGCUUUUCAAAACAGCCUCUUUGAGGACAAUUGUGUAGGCCUAAUAAAUCUUUGAGGAGAAG